CAACCUCACCAGCUGAUACAUAUCUACCUGUACUCACCUCUCCCCCAAAAAUGAUCUUCCAAGUUGCUGUAGCUGUGUUGGUGGUGGUGGUGGGCGCCCUGGCUCACCCAGACGGCUACGAGCCCGCCUACCCUUCCGAGCCUCUACCCUACCACUUCAACUACGCCGUCCACGACGACUACAAGGGCACACACUUCGGACAGAACGAGAAAUCGGACGGUGAUGCUGUCUAUGGCUCCUACACCGUCGCGCUCCCUGACGGACGCAAACAAACAGUGGACUACACAGCUGACCACUACAAGGGCUUCGUGGCCAAGGUCAGCUACGACGGACAGGCCAAACACCCCAAGCACUAUGGUCCUGCCGUCACCUUCAAGCAGAACGGCGGGGGAUACCACUGAACGCCGGCCGGAAGGAGUGUACACCAACAGCUACCAAGGAAGGCUGUCAAUGCACCUGUAACCAUCAUCUGUACAGGUUACUAAAUUAUGUAAACACUAGAUCAAAAUAAUAUACUAAUUAGCACUA